AUGAUUGGUAUAUCAACUCUACGAGCUCAUAUUGAAACAAAACAUAAUUUAGAAGUUUCCACAAAACAAUAUAAUCAACAAAUUGCAAAACAUCUUUUUGACUUACAAACACAAACAAAACAUACAAGAUAUCUUUUAGAAUGGAUU